CAACAGGUUACCUUGUCGUGCCUUUUGGUGCUAAGCUGUUGACCCACCAGUGACAUCCCGACCCCGAAACCUGAACGCGCUCAACCACCCACACCAGGUCAUUACUGUUGCCGGCCUAUCGUCGCCAAAGAUAUGGUCGCAUUUCUCUGAACAUUCAUGUAGAUGUCGACAGAAAGAGCGCCCCUCAUGGAGAGUGAAGAUAACAACGCGACUCCAACGCCCUCUGCCGGUGAGGCGCGCCGUCGCUCCGGACGCGUCGUGCGAGCUCCUAAGAAGUUCACCGAGGAGAUCCAGAACGACGCCACCGCCUCGUCCAGACGCAAGCGCGCACGCGACGACAACGACGAAGAUGCUGAGAACCAAGAGCCAGAAGAUUCCCUGGAAGACGCCAGCGACGACGAGCCCGCUGAGGAAAGCGAGGCGGACUUGGCCCCAAAGCCCAAGGCCAAGUCCAGGUCCAGGUCCAAGAAGCCAGCCGCGAAGAAGCCCAAGAUCAAUGGCACUGCACCGGCCGAAGCUGAACCUUCAGCGCCGGCAACCCAGGCCCCAGCCAUCAGAUUACAACACCGACCCAAGAAGACUGUGCGCGUCGCAAUCGCGAGGAAGGACGGCGAUGGUCUGUAUGCUGAUAUCUUCACUUCUGGCGACUCCUCCGACGACGUUGCUGCACAUUGGUUCCAGCGAUACCUCGAAAACGAUGCUGCUGCACUCACAGACCUGAUUAACUGCAUCUUGCUUGCGACAGGUUGUGACCAGUCUCUGACAGAGGACGACAUUCGUGACCCGGAGAACUCGGCAAACAAACUGUCUGAGCUGGAAGAGGCUUACGAACAGACAAGCAUAUCCGACUACCCGUUGAUUUCUAGAGCCAAGAGUAGCAAGGACUUCCGUCAACAGCUGAUUGCCUUUUUUGACUCCCUCAUCAGUUUGCUGCACCAGACAGACACUCUCUAUCAGGACAAUGAAGAGCUUCUGGACAACAUCCAACGUUGGGUGGGCAUCAUGUCCUCCUCCUCCCUCCGACCCUUCCGGCAUACAGCCACAACCAUCGGUCUUGCGUUACUCGGCUCCAUGAUCACCGUCACCAGGCAGCUGGAUGACCGAAUCACAAAAUCCAACCAAGCGCUCGAGGCCGAGUCCAACCGGAGAGGCAAGAACAAGGGCUUGCUCGCAACCACUCAGAAAGCGCUUGACACCGCGAAUCAGAACCGUCAGUUGAUCGACGAGAAGGUCAAGGAGUUUUUUGAUAUUAUCUUUGUCCACCGUUACCGUGAUAUUGACGCCAAAAUCCGCGCCGAGUGCAUUGAGGCUCUGGGAAACUGGAUCUGCACAUUGCCUACAGUGUACAUGUCGCCAGAAUACUUGAGAUACUUGGGAUGGCUUCUGUCCGAUGUAGCCCCAACUACACGCCUGGAGGUGCUGAAGCAGCUCGGUCGCGUGCUCAAACGUGAUGCCGAGAAACUAGCUCACUUCAUCGACAGGUUCCGGCCCCGACUGGUGGAGAUGGCAACCAAGGACCACGAUCUUUCGGUGCGGGUCGCAGCCAUCAGUGUCGUUGAUGUUCUACGCGCAUCUGGUAUGCUUGAGCCUGAGGAGGUGGAUAGUAUCUGCAAGCUCCUCUUCGAAGCGGAGCCUAGAAUCCGCAAAGCCGUUGUUCCUUUCUUUGUAGACCUAAUACAGGAAGUGAUCGUCAAUAAGAUUGAUGAAAUAGGCGGCAGUGAUGCUAUUGACGAGGUAUUUGGAGACGACGACGAUGCAGAUCACGACUCUCUGCACAAAGGCUGGAUCAACAUCAAGGCUUUGGCAGAGAAUUUGGCAGUCUACAAUGCGCAACUAGACCAGGAGCAAGACGAAAUACGACAUGGUAUUGAUGUGGCCGCGGAUGUUGUCAACGCCAACAUUCCAGAAUCACGGAUUGCGCUGGCAACUCAAGCGCUUUUUGAGAAGAUGCCGGAGAUCAGCAAUUGGCAGAGCUUGGCUGGUUAUCUCUUAUUCGAUCACACCACCAGCUCAAAAUCCAGGUCCAGGUCAAAGACGAACUCAAUAGAAGCAGCAACUCGUAAAGCGGUUGCUCCUUCUUCGGAGGAGGAGGCAAUCCUUAUCGAGGUGCUCGCCAGUGCUGUAAAGGAGAGCCUUACUCAAGGCGGCCAACACGAUGGUACAAGAAGACGACCUGGUCGGCUGGAUAAUGACGGGCAUGAAGACAUCGGUAUUCAGCUGGCGGAGGCUAUACCAAAACUCUUGAACAAGUACGGAUCAGAUCCUCAUGUUGCCAGCAUUGUACUUCGGUUAGAACACUACCUCGACCUAGAUGUGUUCCAACAAUUACGGCAAAAUUCUGCGGUAUACGACAAGCUACUUGAUGCAGUCACUGCACAGUUCAACCGCCACGUGGAUCAAGCUGUUUUGAACGAGGCAGCGGCGGCACUGCUGCACGCAAGGCGCUAUGACGAGCUAGAAGAACUUGCUGACAGCAAACUUACAAGUCUCUGGGACAACAGCCUCAAUUCGUUAAGGAACUUUGAGAAGACAUGCGAGUUGUCCGUGCGCGGGAAUCUCGAUCGAGCUGCAUUAGCAGAGCUCGCCAAUGUGCUGAAAAAGGUCAGCAAAUUGACAGCUAUUUCCGAUUGUGUUGAGAUUCUUGAAGCACCAGGUACUGCCGAAGACUUCAACGACCCGAUCAUCAAGAUUCUAGUCGGCAUCGUGCAUCGGGGUUUGCUCACAGAACCUGACGAUGCCCUGGACGAUCCAGAAGAUGAAGUCGUGGCGUUUGCCAUCAAGUCUUGCCUGGUCUACUUUAUGUGGAAGGUCGCAUCGUUAAAGACUGCACUGCAGAAUGAGGAGGAUAUCCCAAAUGACGAGGCUGAUCGACUUGUACUUCUGCGCAAGGAAUUUGUGAAGAAUCUGAUCCACACAUUUUCCUCUCGAGGUUUCAACGACGACCUCCGACUCUCCGCCACCGGAACGGCCUGCGACAUUGGUGGGCUAUUCGUCUUCCUUCGACCAUAUCUGCAAGGGCCACAAGCGGCCAAGUAUGCCAAGCUGAAGCCCUUGUUGGACGAGCUUCCUUCCGGUCUCAUCCCUGCCGAAGUCAUCCCCAUUUUCGAUGCUGCGGAGCGUGCAUACGCUCAACGGUCUCACAAGCACCUAAACCCAGUGGCAGAUGACGAGGAUCCAGUCGACGAUGAGGCCCCACCAGAGGAUGACGAGGACGAAGAACUUACCGAGCAAGAACGCCAAGCUGCAGAGCUCAAAGCUGAGAAGAUCCUUUGCGAUCUGACUGGCAAGCUUGUCCUCGGCAUACUGGCCAAGGUCCUCGAUGCAACAGGUCCCCACGCCGGAAAGCUGCGAAAGCGAAUUCUGCGUAACAAGACCAAGCUGGGUCAUAGUUUCAAGGAGGUAGCUGCCUUUCUAGAUGAGGAUCAUCUCAAGGAAGUGAGGGGAGAGAACAAGAAAAAGGUUGCCUCCAGGAAGAAGGAGGCGCUGAAACCUAUGAAGAGCGCAGAACUCGUUGUAGAGGAUGAUGAUGUGGAAGACCCUUUCGCUGAUGAGCCUGAAGAAGGGACAGAACAGGAUCUACGAAACAGGGAAUUGCUUGAUGACCCCAUAGAGGACGAUGAGGAUGAUGAGAGGCCGCCAGAGCCCAUGGAUGAAGAUAGUGUGAUUGGCGACUAGGGAUUUAUUGCUUUGGAAGUUCUGUCAAAUAAUUAUUGCUGUCACGAACGGAGUAUAGGAUUGUAAAGAAGCGGAUUGCUGAUAGGCCUGGUGCGGGCCGUAUCAUAGUGUUGGUCUAACAUGACAGCCCGAGCUUCGCAAUUUUUCUCGCUCAAUUUUUUCAUGUAUGAAUAA